AUGCUUUCCAUCGACCCACGGUAGGCUACCAACAUUCUACAUUCUAUUAGAGACUAAUAUUAAUCACACCCAAUGAAAAUAAUAAAUAUACAAUGCUUGAUUUCUACACUUGAGGCCUAUGCAGGUCUGGCCAAAGACAUGACGUAGUGUGAGAUGGUGUGUUCCAGUUACUAUCAUCUUUCCUGUUGUAACAAUUGUGGAUUAGGGGAUGUGCAAUGUUGAUUCUUUAAGAUGAGUUCAAGGAUAUUUCUGAUGAGUUCUAAGUGUUCCAUCUUCACAGGUCGGGGACAGUCAAUGUGGAGAUGUGGGGUCAAAGCGGUCUGAAUGGAACAUCAACAGGAUCAGGAGUUCCCAAACACCAAGCGCAGCAUCACGUCUGGGUUGACUUGCUAACUAACGCUUUCAUUAUUAUUAUCCAUUCCUUUAGAGUGCCAAUGUCUCUCAGGUCACCACUGCUAGGACUCAGCACUCCCAUGUUUCUAAGACAGGCGAACUGCAGGAAAGCCUAAGUCAGCUCAGAGCUAAUACUAGUCUAGACCGCAUUGAUCUCAGGAAGCACAGGAAAUCAGUCGAUCUGAGGAAUGGUGGUUUGAAGCCUUAGAAACCUGUUGGCCCACAGAGACCAAGUCUUUUCCAGUGUACUGGCAUAACUCCAGGUGAAGUCACAUAGUUCCUGUUAUUUCAUUUAAAACUGAGCCUUCUUCAGACUUUGUACUGCAACCAUUGACAAAAUGUAUGAAAUUAAGUUGUUCAAGACUGCUUAACCUUUUGAUGUGAUGAUAAAAGCACCUCGCCUCCUCAGCCCCCACUAGGAAUGUGCAAGAGAAAUACCACCAGGGCGACAACACAUCUCCAGAAUUCAGGCGCUUCUAUGAGGUGAUUCUUGAGGAGCCACAGAGGAGACGUCAAGACCGGCAAAGGCAAGCACCGACAGCCCAUUAA